AUGUCAAACCAUUUCCCAUAAGACAAUUUUGAAAUUUUUGAUGUACAAACAGCCUUUGAAUACUUACCAGAUGAAACAAUGGUAAAGGGAGCGAUCAUGUUAUUUCUAACAUAUUUUGAAGAUGGAGAGGGAUUUGAUGAAUUAGUAAAUUUAUAUGAAAAAGGAGGUUGGUAACAAGUUGGAACACCAGCUUAUUUGAAAUUUGAAUAAUUGGCUCAUUCAAUGAAAGGAAGUUGUAGAUAUUUGGCACUUCAUAGACUUGGGAAAAAAUUAGAAUUACUACAAUUUUUUAUUAGAGAUGGUAAAGAGAUAUAAGUGGCAUCAAUUCUGAAUGAAGUUCUCGAGUAAUGUCCUUACGCAUAAAGAGCAGUUUUAAAGUAUAUGGAAAUGCCAGAGGACAAAGUAAGACACUAUAAAUUCGUAUAACCAUUUUAUGAUUACUAUGGAAAUGUUCAAAUAUGUCAUAAACUCAAUUACACUUUUCACAAAUAGAAAAACAAGAUGUCAGCUGUGCACAAUAAACAGCCUUAUUAACAAUAAAUGGUAAAUUACACUGAUUAAGAUUAAUGCAAAAUAUUUUGA